CGGAGUUUAGUUGAAGAUCGAAUUCGGAUUCGCUUGGCGGGCGCGGCCAUCUUGGUGAAUUAGUGACCUGGCCAUUCGUUUUUAGUUAGUGAAAAAUCAUUUGUCAUCCACAAUGUCGGAAAGGGAAGAUAAUGUGUAUAAAGCCAAGCUAGCUGAGCAGGCUGAGCGCUAUGACGAAAUGGUGGAGGCAAUGAAGAACGUGGCGUCUCGCAACGUAUCUGACAACGAGCUGACGGUGGAGGAGCGCAACCUGCUCUCAGUCGCCUACAAGAACGUUAUUGGCGCCCGUCGCGCCUCCUGGAGGAUUAUCUCCUCAAUCGAACAGAAGGAAGAGACAAAAGGCGCCGAGGACAAACUGAACAUGAUCCGCGCGUACCGCAGCCAGGUGGAGAAGGAGCUGCGCGACAUCUGUUCAGACAUACUCAGCGUGCUCGACAAACACUUAAUCCCCAGCUCACAGACCGGCGAGUCCAAAGUAUUCUAUUACAAAAUGAAGGGUGACUACCACCGAUAUCUGGCGGAGUUUGCAACCGGCAACGACCGUAAGGAGGCGGCCGAGAACUCCCUGGUCGCAUACAAGGCCGCCUCCGACAUCGCGAUGACGGAACUUCCACCGACCCACCCCAUCCGCCUCGGCCUCGCUCUUAAUUUCUCAGUAUUCUACUACGAAAUCCUGAACAGUCCCGACCGCGCGUGUCGGCUCGCCAAGGCGGCGUUCGACGACGCGAUCGCCGAGCUGGACACGCUGUCCGAGGAGAGCUACAAGGACUCGACCCUCAUCAUGCAGCUGCUCCGGGAUAACCUUACCCUUUGGACCUCGGACAUGCAGGGCGACGGAGAAGGCGAGGCUGAACAGAAAGAGCAAGCGCAAGACGUGGAAGAUCAGGACGUGUCGUAAUACCCUUUAAAAUAAUAUUUAACUAUAAUAAAAAAAUAACUAUAGUAUCAUAUAAGACCCAGCCCUCAAUGACAACCGGUUGUUAAAGGUAACCAGGUAGCCCGUAUAUCAGAACUCACCAACUUGUUCGUGCGUACACUGGAAAAUUAUCUAUUCGUAUAUACACGGAACGAAUGCCUCCUCCUCCUACAUACAUAAUAUUAAAAAUUUUGUUUAUGUAUCGUGUCAAAUUAUCUAUGAGUAAUAUACAUUUUAAAUAUCUACUUCUUUUUUAUAUAAUCUUUGUUUUCAAUAACGAAAAAAAAAAAUAAUAAUAAUGUUAAGAAAAAAGUACUUUGGUAUUGCAUUUUAACUGUAUGUUCUUAAGGAUGUAUUUUGUAAAGGAUACACUCUAUUGAUCUCUAGCGAUGUUAUCUUAGCUUGUCCGCGCCGGCCGAUGCCGAGUAGGUCUCUCGCCAACAGGGAUAUUUACUAUAUACAACGCUGAAUAGACGUUUCCAUCUUUUCACCGCCACACUUUAUGGUGGGGAUUGUAAAUUUUUCUAAGUAUUUUGUACCUUGUGUAAAAUUAAUGUAUUUAAUCUCUGUUGAGAGUUUACAAGCACCAUAGCGGCAAAUGUUUAUGAGAUGUAACGUUUAAUUUGGGUAUACACUAGGUACGUAAAUGUACGUGUUAUCGUCGUGGAUGGCGUUAGUAUAAUAUGUUCGUACGUAUCGCAACUCGGCGUCGACAGCGCCGCCCGCACAAACAGUCGGCCGCACGGCUCGGCGUCCGCUGCAGCUGCGCCGUGCUUGCAGCUUGCACCGUGCAGCUUGCAGCAAUGCAGCAUGCAGCUUGCAGUCGCCGAGCCACUCGGCGAGUCUUCCGCGCGCGCGCCCACGCUGCAUUUGUAUACAUUUGAUCAUUCAUUGAUUGAUAUAUUUUAAAGGAUAACAUUUAGGGUGGUAUUAUGUAGUUACUUGCAAUAUUAAUAGGUAAGUGAUAGUGGCGUCACCCUAUUGGUCUUUAUGUAUCUAUCGUAUUGAGCGUACACACACUUGUAUUUAUUGCGAAAAUUUAAUACGUUUUGUGUAAAUCGUGACUACUGUGUAGUACUACUGUUUACUGUUCAGAACAAACUCGCGUAACGAUUUGGCGACUCGACGGGGAGGGUCUGGCUGAGCUUGUUUGUUCGUUUGUUUGUUUGUAGAUACAUAAACACGUGUCGAUGUAACCCGCUUCGUUCGUAUUACAACAUUUGGAGUAUUCACAUUUAAAUUGCUUUAAUUACUUACGAGUAUUGUGAUAGACAUUUUUGUAUAUUUUAAUUUAUUCUUUAUUUUUUUUUUUUGUUUGUUUUUUUUUUAUUUUCGCAUGUUCUGGUAAAUAUUGUGCUGUAGCGCUAUACAAUUCUUACGAUAUUGCAGGACAAACAGUAAGUAGAUCUAACGUUGUGCUAGGUUUAAGGUAAUGCACUUGGAAAUUAUUUAUUGUGCGAUCUGUACUGUAUGCCUACGCCUACUCGAAGACAUUCCAUCUUCAUACUUAUGAUAACCGUGAACUGUGGCUAAUUCGACAGACUGGACUCCAAAUUGUAGUGGCAUAGCGUUGUGGAGCGAGUGCGUGCCCGAGUAAGAUAUUAGCGUUAUGUUAUUAUUUGAAUUUGUAAUGUUGCGUAUAUUUUGUUAAUUUUUAUCCACAACAAAUACUGAUGCAAUUAGCCUUAGCGUUAUGCAAUAUUGAUUUAUGUCCUACCAUCUACAUGAAAAUUUAUUGUAAAUGACAGUGUAAAUCUAAUAAUAAACAUUCAAAAGUCCA